ACGCCGUCGAACACGGUUGGAAACAUCUCUCUUGGCAUCUUGUCAGUCCAGUUGGAAGUGGUGCAGAACCGUCAGAAUGCCCCCGCCUGCGUCCUACCUGUCCUCCUCCUCCUCCUCCUCCUUGUCCUUCUCCUCACUUCUGUUGUGUUCCGCCACACUUGUGCUCCUGUCCUGCUCCGGAUGCGUCUGCGCGCAUUCACCCGUGACGAACUGCUCAGCCAGCGGGGACCCGUGUCAGGAUGGUGUGCUGCUGCCUGUGUGGAACCCCCAAAAUCCGUCAGUCGGGGACAAAGUGGCUCGGGCAAUCGUGUACUUUGUAGCUCUUGUCUAUAUGUUCCUGGGCAUGAGCAUCAUCGCGGAUCGAUUCAUGUCCUCCAUAGAGGUCAUAACAUCCCAGGAAAAAGAGAUAACCAUCAAGAGGCCCAACGGCGAGACCACCACUGCCACAGUCAGGAUUUGGAACGAGACAGUUUCCAAUCUGACCCUCAUGGCCUUAGGCUCCAGCGCCCCCGAGAUCCUGCUGUCCGUCAUUGAGGUGUGCGGUCACAACUUCUCUGCGGGCUCUCUGGGCCCGAGCACCAUUGUGGGCAGUGCUGCCUUCAACAUGUUCGUCAUCAUCGCAUUGUGCGUCUACGUGGUUCCUGAUGGCGAGACGCGCAAGAUCAAACACCUGCGGGUAUUUUUCGUUACGGCCGCCUGGAGCAUCUUCGCCUACAUUUGGUUGUACCUCAUCCUUAGCGUCUUCUCUCCGGGCGAGGUGGAGGUAUGGGAGGCAGUGCUGACGUUCCUCUUCUUCCCCCUCUGCGUGGUCCAGGCCUGGGUGGCCGACCGCCGCCUCCUCUUGUACAAGUACACCCGCAAGCGUUACCGCGCCGACAAGCACCGAGGCGUCAUCAUAGAGACGGAAGCGGGGCCGGGCGUGGGCGGGGCAUUAGGCCAGGGUGGCUUCACUAAAAUGGACAUGCUGGAGCUGGAUGGCCAGAUGGCGCUCAACUGCCACAGCGCUUUGGACGGCGGACUGACGGAAGAGGGCGCGGCCAAGGACGAGGAGGACGAGGCCCGGCGGGACAUGGCCAGAACGCUGAAGGAGCUCAAGCAGCGCCACCCAGAUAAAGACAUGGAGCAGCUCAUUGAGAUGGCCAACUAUCAGGUUCUGAUGCAACAGCAAAAGAGCCGAGCGUUCUACCGAAUCCAAGCCACCAGGAUGAUGAUCGGAGCCGGAAACAUCCUCAAGAAGCAUGCUGCUGACCAGGCUCGCAAGGUGGUGAGCAGCCACGAGACCCAAGCCCAAGAAGAUGACCCUUACACGGUUAGGCUGGAAUUUCAGCCCGCUUUGUACCAGUGCUUUGAGAACUGCGGCUCUCUCAACCUGACCGUCUCCAGACAUGCGGGGGACGCUUCCGUCACCGUCAAGGUGGACUACCGCACCGAGGACGGCACGGCCAACGCUGGCUCUGACUACGAGUUUGCCGAGGGAACGCUUCUGUUCAAGCCGGGCGAGACCCUCAAAGAGAUCACAGUGGGGGUGAUUGAUGACGACAUCUUCGAGGAGGAUGAGUACUUCUAUGUGCACCUAAGCAACCCCAGAUUGGUGGGCUACCCCGAGAUUAGCACCUCCCCGCUUGAUGCUGGCUGCGCCCCCAAAGCUGUGCUGGGUGACAACCACACGGCCACCGUGACCAUUUAUGAUGACGACCACGCUGGUAUCUUCACCUUUGAGAGCAGCACUCAGCGGGUGAGCGAGAGCGUGGGCGUGAUGGAGGUGAAGGUGCUUCGGACGUCAGGGGCUCGGGGGCUGGUGGCUGUUCCCUACCGCACGUUGGACGGCACGGCCAGGGCGGGCGAGGACUACGAGCCGGCGGCGGGCAAGCUGGAGUUUCAAAAUGACGAGACCAUGAAGAUCAUCCAGGUGCGGAUUAUCGACGACGAGGAGUACGAGAAGAACAAGUCCUUCAGCAUCGAGCUGGGCGAGCCGCUUCUCUUGGAGAUUGGACAGAAGCACGGUCUGUGUGUGUGUGUGUGUGUGUGUGUGUGUGUGUGUGUGCGUGUGUGUUUGCGCGCGUCAGAAUGGCUUGUAUGGUUAAAUGAAGUGUUUGUUGUUGGUUGGUCAGGAGACUCCAAUGAGAACAAACCGCCGGUAGGGGCAGAGGAGGACGAGGUGGCCAAGAUGGGCUGCCCCAGCCUGGGCGAGCACACGCAAGUCCACGUCGUCAUCGAGGAGUCCUACGAGUUCAAGAAUACAGUUGACAAGCUGAUCAAGAAGACAAAUCUUGCCUUGGUAGUGGGAAGCAGCAGCUGGAGGGAGCAGUUUGUUAGCGCGGUGACAGUCAGUGCAGGAGAUGACGACGACGACGAAAGCGGCGAGGAGCGCCUGCCGUCGUGCUUCGACUACAUCAUGCACUUCCUGACCGUCUUCUGGAAGGUUCUGUUCGCCUUCGUGCCACCCACCGAGUACUGGAACGGCUGGGCCUGCUUCAUCGUGUCCAUCUCUCUGAUCGGCGUGCUGACGGCCGUCACCGGCGACCUGGCGUCGCACUUCGGCUGCACCGUGGGCCUGAAGGACUCGGUGACGGCUGUGGUCUUCGUGGCGCUGGGCACGUCCGUGCCAGACACGUUCGCUAGCAAGGUGGCGGCCAUCCAGGACCAGUACGCCGACGCGUCCAUCGGCAACGUGACGGGCUCCAAUGCCGUCAACGUCUUUCUGGGCAUCGGCGUAGCUUGGACCAUCGCCGCCGUGGCCUGGCGGGCUCGCGGCCAAACGUUCAGGGUGGACCCGGGCAACUUGGCCUUCUCCGUCACCCUCUUCACCAUCAUGGCGUCGCUGUGCGUCACCACGCUGCUCUACCGGCGGCGACCCGGCACGGCCGGCGGCGAGCUGGGCGGCCCGAGGACUUGCAAGGUGUUGACGUCGCUUUUCUUCGUGUCGCUCUGGCUGGUUUACAUCCUGCUGGCGUCCCUGGAGGCCUACUGCCACCUGCCCGUCCUGUAGACGCACGCGUGACGGGGUCCAAAUAAUCCAGCCACGCCAUUUUGCUGUGGCGCAGUGCCAAAAUGGAGGAAGUAGAAGUUGCGCGCAGCUAACUCAAGAAAAGAGAGAAAAAGAAGUUCAUGAGGACAUUGAAAGCGGAAGGUGCAUUGGGAAUCGUUCAUUCCCCAACUUAAUCAUUACAUUGGGAUUUUUAUAUAGUGGACGUAGGUCGGGCCUCCACUUCAGUAGGAAGUCGUGAGGAAGCAUAUGGCUGCCACGCCAGAAAAAAAAACAAACAAAAAAAAAACAUUCAAUGUCACAUGAUAACACACAGCCGUUCACGCAAUACUCAACAUCACCCCAACCUAGUUUUGAGUCACCUCCUUUGUCCAAGCUUUUCAUUGUAUUUUUGUGUGCAAUCGUAAAGGAAACAAGGAGGGGGAAUAAUGAAGACGAAAACGGUGAAAUGCUGCCGCAAGUUACGUUUGCAUUUUGAAAUUUCUCAGGCUUGCACCGAUUUUUGUUUACGGACUCGGCGUACGGCCGGAGCGCGAGCCAGCUGUGCUCCUUCUCCCUUACUUAAUUGCCCCCUGCGUUCGAUUUGGAUCAUUUUCAUGAUUUUUGCAAAGCACAACAUUUUGAAGCUCCUCGUUGUUUUCACCGCAAUGACUAAGCAGGAGGACAAAGCCAAGAUGAGCCAAUCACAGAUUUGUUUGCUCCAAGAAACUGGACUUUUGUUUGUCCUCAACAAGUGAAAAAGUCCCACAAAUGUCCGUGCUCUUUAACUAGAUGGGAAUGUAGUUGAAGCUUCUUUUGUCUCUAAUGUCACUCUGCCCAACUAGAUCUUACAUGCCUUUAUUUAUUAUCAUACAAGCAUGUUUUUUUCUCAUGAAUGGUUCGCAUCUCAAAGUUAAAUCCACGAGUCAAGCCCAUCAUGCAUCACGUUGGCAUGGGCCCGUGUCGCCACCUGCAGGCCCAAAUGUUGUUUUCUAUUUGUCAAUAAACAAAUAUUAGCAUUACACAAUGUUCGUUCGUAUGCUGGAUCCGUUUAACGUUUACCACCGUCAGUUCCAACUGUUUGAUUUGCUUCAAUAUUUAUCUUGAGAAAGAUACAAAUGAUUAUCUGAAAAUAUCCCGAGCUUGGGUGUGUUGCGUGUUUAACUUUAUUGAUGCCCCCCCCUUAACAUUUGUCCGGUUCAGUAUUAUUCACCAAGUGCUUCUGUUCCAAGCAUAAGACGAUUCAUAUUAUUUUGUAUUUGUUUUUAUUAUUGUGUUUUGUCAGUGACAGCAUCAGAAAUCAGAACAUUUAAGUAAAAAAAAUCGACUCUGUGUGCGUUCGUGUGUUCGCACAUUUCUGUCACGAGUGUGUCGAUGCAUGAAUUGAACACAUUCAGAAUAGACUGUUGAUGUUUCCAAAGUAGUAAAUAGUAUUUUUCCAAAUGAACCUUGUACAAAGUGUCAUAAAUGUUUACAAUGACCCACCGAUGUUUUUUUGUCAAAGAUUAAAUAAAACUUGCGAGGUAAAUCAUCGCAGAGGUGUGUGUCAAUACUAACGAGAUGUAUGUGUGCCAUGAAAAGAAGAAAAUAAGCAGAACUUUCAAAGAUAAAGGGUUGUUUUCUUAUUUUGAAUAUGUAUGUAUACAAUAUGUGUGUAUCGACUCCGAGUUGAGAACACACACACAUGCACACAGUAAACCGUGUUUUCAUUCUCUUUUGUGCAAUAUCACACAUGAAUUUAUUGUAAUGAAGUGGGUUAUGUGGUUGGUUUAGGACAUAUGAUGCAUUUUCCUAAAUUAAAGCUGUCCCUUGUGUCUUGA